AUGCGGAGGUGGAAGGUGUGCCGCGAGGCGGCUGCCGAAAUCCAGCCAGAGCCUGGGCAUCUCUGCAGGACGGAGAACGCUGCCCACCCAGACGGGGAACCAUCAAACGGGUUUCGGCAGCAGCCGUUGCGGCCGGUCCGGGUCAAGAUGGGAAAGAAGGCGCGGCGGCAGAGCAAGCCCAAGGGGUACGCGGUGAGCGUCCACUACUCGGCCCUCACCUCGCUGGCCCGCGCCUGCCCCGAGAGCGCCCUGCACCGCGUGGGCAGCAUGUUCCGCUCCAAGCGGCGGAAAUUCCGCGUCACCAGCGAGGACCCCACGUACACCGUGCUCUACCUGGGCAACGCUACCACCAUCCAGUCCAAGGGCGAGGGCUGCACCGACCUGGCCGUCUGCAAGAUCUGGAGCAAGAGCGAGGCGGGCCGGCAGGGCACCAAGAUGAAGCUGACCAUCAGCGCGCAGGGCAUCCGCAUGGCCCACGCCGAGGACAAGGGGCUGCGCCGGCCCGGCCACCUCUACCUGCUGCACCGGGUCACCUACUGCGUGGCCGACCCGCGCCUGCCGCGCGUCUUCGCCUGGAUCUACCGCCACGAGCUGAAGCACAAGGCGGUGAUGCUGCGCUGCCAUGCCGUGCUGGUCUCCAAGCCCGAGAAGGCGAAGGCCAUGGCCCUGCUGCUCUACCAGACCUCGGCCACGGCGCUGGCCGAGUUCCGCCGCCUGAAGAAGCGGGACGACGCGCGGCACCAGCAGCAGCAGCUGGUGGGCGAGCAGAGCAUCCCGCUGGUGCCGCUGCGCAAGCUGCUCAACGGGCAGUGCUGCUACAAGCCGCCGGUGGAGCGGAGCCGCAGCGCGCCCAAGCUGGGCUCCAUCACGGAGGACCUGCUGGGCGAGGAGCAGGAGGAGCGGGCCAUGCACUGCGACUGCGAGGACAUCCUGGAGGCGCUGGGCGAGCCCGGGGGCGAGCUGCUGCGCCCUGGCGCCGGCCGCGGCGAGGGCCCGGAGCUGGGCCAGCUCCUCCGCGACCUGGGCGAGCUCAGCCUGGGCAACGACCUGCGCGCGCUGCGCGCCGACCUCCGCGUCCGCCGGCUGCUCUCCGGCGAGAGCACGGGCAGCGAGUCCUCCCUGGAGAGCAACGGCCCGGACGGCGCCGCCCCGCCCUGCAACGGCGCCGAGCAGCCGCCCCCCCCCUCUAACAACAGGGGCAGGAAGGUGCGAGAAGCCUCGCGCCGGGGCUCUCCGCCUGGAUCGCGGCCUCGAGAGACAUAA